AUGUUUAACGAAGCUUUGUUGUACAAGUGGAAAUGCCAUCAGAAACCGGACGGGUCUUCUAGUGACUAUGAGCUUUAUCACGAGCCACAUAAAAGAUGUUAUUUACAACUGAACGUUCUCCGUUACAAUGGUCACAUGAACGCCGCGCCGAUGUUACGCAGCACGGCGCACGCAACGACACAACUCAGUCACGUCACGCGAUCGUCUCGACGCACCGCUCCCGCACACACGCUCUCGGCAGACAUGCUGCAGAGACACGGACACAUUGACUACACACGAUAG